AUGACUGAAGUAACAAAAUCCUCUGACGAAAUUUUGACAGAACUAUUUGAUUCGUUUAAAGCUGAAGCCAAAGUUGAUGUUUCUGAUAAUUCUGUAACACCCAAAAGUCCUAAAGAUGAAUCAUCUAGAAGUAAGAAAAAACGUAAGAAAGAUAAAAAGCAUAAAAGUGAUGAAAAGGAUAAACAUAGGAAAAAGAAGAAAUGCAAAAGACACAAGAAAAAAGAAUCCUCUAACCAAAGUGAUAAAAGUAAUAAGCCGAAAAAGAAGAAGAAACGGAAGCUUUCAAGUGAUUCCUAUGAUAGCGAAGUUGAAGCUAAACAAAGUACUAAAGUAGAAAAUGUGGAAAGUUGUAACAAAGAAAAUAAUCUACCUGAAGAAAAGAAAAUUAGUGAAGUAGCUGUUAAUAACCUUAGUUCUGUUGUAAAUAAUUUUGCUGUUGCCUGUGAUACAUCCAGCAUCCCCCUUCCCCCUUCGAUAGGAGAUUCGAUAUUAACUCAAAAGGUUGCUCAAGAUGUUCCUGAGGUUAAAAAACCUCAAGUCUCAGAAGUGUUUGAAAAACAUGCUGAAAAUGUUGGAAAACCUACAAAAAAACUAUUUCUACAAGGUUUAGACAAACCAAAAAUGUCGAUUAAGAUAGGGAAUUUGAAGAACAGUCAAGUUUUGGAAGCUGCUGAAGAAGCAAAAAUAAAGGCUGAUAAAUAUGAGGAGGGCGAAAUAACUGAUGAAACCAGUGAGGAAUCAACAAAAUUGCUGAUGAAAAUUGAAAUGGAAGCUACAUCUGAAAAUGGAAGUAUAGACAGCAAGAAACAGAAACUCCAUUCAGAACAGAAGAAAUGUAGAAAAAGGACGAAAUCCUCAGAUUCAUCUAAUCCAAAUUCAUCUACCGGCUCUGGUGAUAUUAAAUCUGAUGAGCAUAAAAAUGUUAUAUCAGAAGGAAGUAAUGGCCUACAAAUUAAUAAUGAAACUUCUAGCGUCAGUGAAAAUUUGGAAAAAGAAAACAAAAGAAAAAAUGAAAAUGAGUCAUCUCAUAAAAAUGCAAUAUCCGAUAAUAAGAAUCAGCUUAAGCUUAAAAAGCUUAGGCAACUUAGGGAAAGAAAGUUAGAUAAUUCUAGUUCCGAAGAUGAAUAUACCAACAAUGCAAAAAGUCCUUCCUCAAAAUCUACUAAAGAGGAUAGUAAAAAAUCAGUUAGUAAAAGUAAAAAAAGAAGUAAUAAACAAAAAUCCACAACGGACAGCGAUAGAUCUUCCUCAUCUGAAAGUUCUAGCUCUUUGGAAAGAAAUAAAACUUCAAAAUCUAAAGAAGAAACCUCUGCAAUAAAAGAUGUUAAAACUUCAAGCAAAACAACCAUAAAUUCUGUAUCAAGAAGGAAUUAUUCACCAAAAACAAAACAUAGGAAAUCAAAGUCAAGAGAUCGAUCAGUAUCAGCAGAUAAACAUUCUAGAUCAAAAGCUAAAAAAACAAGAUCUUCCUCGAGAUCUGAAAUAAGGAAAUCUAGAUCUGUAUCGAAAUCCAGAAUAAGGAAUUCUAGAUCACAAUCUAGAUAUUUUAACAGAAAAUCUAGGUCGAAAUCAAGAUCAAGACAAAGGAAAUCAUUAUCUAGGUCUCGGGAUAGGAAGUCUAGGUCUGUUUCCUACUCUAGAUCUCGAGUGAGAAGGUCCAGAUCGAGAUCCAGAGUACGUAGGUCUAGGACGCCAAAAAAACAUUACGGAAGAAAGUCCAGAUCUGCCUCAAAACAUAAAAGGUCUCCAUCACCACCCAGAGCCAAAACAAAGAAAUCUAGAUCACCUUCCAGAGCCAAGACAAGGAGAUCAAGUUCACCAUCUGUUUCUAGAGGAAGAAGAUCUAGGUCGAUAAAGAGGAAAUCAAGAUCCAGAGGAAGGAAGUCUUCUAGAUCUCCCUCUAAGUUACUUUCUUCCAAGUCAACAACUCGAAGGUCAAGUUCAAGGUCUAAUAUUAGAUCGCUUUCAAGAAACAGGUCAGGCUCUAAAUCUCGACAUUCUAGGUCUCAAAAUAGAAGAUCUAGAUCUAAAAAUGAAAGAUCAUUGAAACGUCGCUCGAGGUCUAGAGACAGUAAGUCGAGAUCCAAACAAUCAAGUGUCAAAAAUUUAAAAGGAAAUAAGGAAAGAAGUGCUAGAUCCUCUUCUAGCAAACACUCAUGUUCUAAAUUGUCUGAUUCAGGUUCUGACAAAUCGGAAUCAGAUUCAAAAUAUAAAGAAAGUAAAAAGAAGAAGUCAAAGGAUAAGAAGUCAAAUUCUAAAAAACACAAAUCUAAGCAUAAGGAUAUUAAUUCCAGAUUAUUAGCAUUAAGCUCUACUAAAGUCGAAUCGAGUUCGGAAGAUUCUAGUUCUGAUUCCGAAAGUGGUGAUAGUGACAAUGAUAGAAAGAAGUCCAACAAGUUUAAGAAUUCAAGUAAAGAUAAAAGUUCACGCACUGGUGAAGACAAGAAAGGUAAAACAAGCAAAUCAAAAAAAGAUCAAAAAGGAAAGAAAUCAAAAGAUAAAAUUGAUUCGAUUGAAUCAACAAAACCUAAAAUUUCAAAAGAGAUGGACUUGGCUGAUACUGAAAAUCUAAAGCCGAAAAUAAAUUUGAAACAGAAGAUUCAUUAUUCUCUUAUCGAUGAUGACCCUAUCGCAAUGACUGAAUCUGAAAUGAAAAUCCUCACUGCUAAAAACAAGUUAGCUAAAACUGCUAACUCUUCUGCUGACUCCUCAUCAAAGAAUUUAACUGAGAAAGAAGGGAAAAACAAAGAUUUUUCAACUCUCAAAAGAUUAAAAUCAAAACAGGAAGGCAAAACUUCGGAUUUAGAUGUUCUCAAAAGUACUUCUGUAAAGUCUAAAUUUGAAGAACAAGUAAAGAAACUAAAAACUGAUGAAACAAAAAAAAUUAUAACCGAACAUUCGCCUAAAAUAGAUGAAAUAAUGCAUAAAGGGAAAUCAGAGGAUUCUUUUAAAAAUUCCAAAGAUACUGAAGUAUCUUUAAGUAAGUCCAAAAAUGAGGAUACAGAUAAAAGUGAAAAUUCUUCUAAAAAACUUACUUUAGAAGAUUCUGCUAAAAAUAAAACUGAUGAAAUCUUUACGGAAGUUACAUCUUUAAAAGAUAAAAGUGAAGAAAAAAAGUCUAUCAUAACUAGCAAAGGUAGCGUAGAAAAAACUAAAAUUUCUCUGAAGGAUGACUCUAAAGAUUCUGAAUCAGAAAUUGAAUUGCCCCCAACAGCUAACUCUUAUGAUUCGGACGGACAACGGUCUGACACUGCUAUGAGAAAUAUAUUCUUUGGUAGCAAAUCUUCCUCUAAUUCUCCAGAUCGGGAGAAUGAAAGUUCUACCAAGAGAGCCAGUUCUCGUUCCUCCGAUGAAACCGAAUCUGAAUCGGACAAUGAAAAAACAUUUUUUGGUAUAUCUAAAGAUCGUACUGAUAAUACUUCCGAGGGUAGUACCAAAACUGAAUCUCUAGUCAAAGCGAGGAGUCAUUCUUCAGACUCAAACGAUUCCUCUAUUGAUAAGAAUAUUACUGAUUCCGAUGAAGAUUUGACCUAUGGUAAAAAACAAAUCAUUCCGGAUAAUACGGAGAUUUCUGGUCUAAUAAGUAAAAAAGAUUUUCCUUUUGAAAAACCCAGCUCUGUAAAAGACCACGAAAAGGUUGAAUAUUUCAUUAUUAACAAUGACGUCAGUGGUAUAGAAGUGCCUGCUGACAAUGUUGAAUCGACCAAGGAAUCUAGUCUGGCAUUGAUAACUUCAAGCGACCCAACUUCAGUCAAAGAGCUUUCCACUUGUAUUGACAAAAAGAAUGAAAUUUUACUAGAUUUAUCUCCUAAAAGAACUAGUUCUCAGGACUUAUUGUACGACUAUGAAAAGUCAGAAAUAGAAGAUGAAAAAUUAGAUUUUGAUGAGGAUAAGUCUUCUGAGAGUGAUGUUACUCUACCUUCAAGGAUGAAAGAAGACGUCAGAAUUCUUGAUCAAAAAGAAAAACCCGAACACACAUCUUUGGUUUCCAAAGUCAGUAAAGAAGUAGAUGAAGUUUACACAAGUAAGAUUAAGAUUAGCCAAGAUGAUGUAAGUUCUUUAGUAGCGUUAGAAAAAAAAUCUUUUAGUGAUGAGAAUAUUAUAAAGGAAGAUUUGGAUAAUGAAAAGUUAAGUUAUGAAAAAAUAGUUACUGUAGAAAAAACUGCAGACGUUAUUUGUGACAUUCCCUCCUCAAAUAUUAGUGAUACUCUUGAUAUUCCCGUUCCAUCAGUAGAAAAAUUGGACGAUAUAAGAAUUCCAUUUCCUUGCGAUGAUUAUAAGAAGGGAUUGAGUGAAUCAAAAAUAUCUGACACCAAUAUAAUUAUGCAAAGUGAAUCUAAAAGUGUAGUUAAAGUAGAUGAAACUCCUGUUAAUAAUAAAAAUGUUCUAACAUCACAUUUUAUUAAGGAGAAAGAAUCACUAAAAACGCACGACUUAGUUGAUGAUUCUACAGUGUGCCCUUUGCCGGUUGAAGAUAACAAGCAGAAAGUUACUACUUCCAGAGUUAAAUCUCUUUCUAGGAGUAGAUCUAGGUCUAAAAUUAAUAAACGCUCAAGAAAGGCUGAAAGAUCGAAAUCUAGGUCAAGAAGGGAAACGUCCAGUUCGAGGAGAUCAAAAUCAAAAGAUAGAUCUUCAUCUAGAAGAUCGAAGUCCAAAGAAAAAUCUAGUAGAAAAGGAAGAUCAAAGUCUCGAGAUAAAAGAUCUCGUUCGAAAGGUAGGCAUUCUAGGUCAAAGGAAAGAAGAAGACGGUCUAGAGAGAGGAGAAGCUUAUCUGGUUCAGGAAGAUCUCGCUCAAAAGACAAAAGUUCAAGGUUAAAAGAUAGGAGGUCACGUGAAAGAAGGUCAAGGUCAAGGAGACGUGCUUUAUCUCGGUCUAAAAGGAGAACGAGUUCUAGAGACAGAAGUUCUAAAUCAAGAAGGCGGAACCGAUCCAGGUCUAAGGAUAAAAGGUCAAGAUCAAGGGAUAGAAGGAAGAGAUCAAGGUCUCGUGAUAAGAGGUCCAGAUCGAGAGGCCGUAGAGCUCACUCUCGUUCUAGAGAGAGGAGAUCCAGAUCCAGGAAGAAGAGAGGCAGAUCUCAAUCUUCAAGAGAUAAAAGGUCCAGAUCUCGUACUAGAAAGGAGCGCUCUCGAACGAAUUCCAAAGAUAGGUCAGUAUCGAAAGAUAAAAAAUGUAAAAAGGAUCGCGAACAACAAGGAGGUUGCAAAGUUAAAUUGUAUUCGAGAUCUAAGUCAUCGGAAAAAAAAUCUGAGAUGAGAUCUAAUUCUAGUGACAAAAAAACAAGAUUGCCUUCAAGACAAGAGAGAUCGAAAUCUUCAUCCAGGUCAUCUUCCAAAGAAAAAGAGGAAGACAAAAAUAAUAGAACUAAUACAGUCGAGAAACCAGAAGCAAGUGAUAAAAUCAUUUUAAAUGUUAAGUCUCCUGUUCAGAGUAAUAGUAAUGUAGUAUCGUCCAAUAAAAAAGGUUUUUCAAGAUCAAAAUCUGAGGAAAACAGGUCUUCCAGUGAAAAAGAAAUGUAUACUAAGUCCUCUUCUUCUUCAUCUUCUUCUGAAAAAUCACCUGAACGAUCUUCAAAAGAAAGAUCUCAAUCACCGUCAUCUGUUCCGAAUCCUAAAAAAUGUAGAUCUAGGUCUAAUUCUAUUUCUAAAUUCAUUAUUGAUAGUAAUUCAGGUAGUAAAAAGUCAAAGUCUCCUGAUACCAAACUAAAAAGAUCGAGAACGAAAUCUCCUGAUUCUAAGUCAAAGAGAUCGAGAACGAAAUCUCCUGAUACUAAGCCAAAGAGAUUGAGGACGGAAUCUCCAGACUCCAAGUCUAGAAGAUCGAGAUCAAAGUCACGGGAUAAACGGAAAGCUAAAGAUAAAAGGGCCAAAUCGAAAGAUAGAUCGAGGUCAAAAGAAGUUAAAAGCAAAGCAACAAAAGCCAGAAAAUCUAGAUCAAGAGAAAGGAAAAGUAAAACGGAAGAAAAAUCUUCCAAAUCUCAGAGGAAGAGGUCGAGGACUAGAUCAAAAUCUAAAGAAAAGAAUAAAUCUAGGGACAAAAGGUCUCGCUCGCGAGAGCGUAGGUCUAAGUCUCGAGAUAAAAAAAGCAGAAGGUCUCGAUCAAGAUCCCGAAGAAGGAAAAGUGACAAAAAGGACAGAUCCAGGAGGACAAGGUCACGUUCCAAAUCCAGAACUCGGAAAAGAUCCAAAAAAAGCAGAUCUAGGAGUCGCAGCAAAGAUGAAUUUUUCAUUGACAAGUCUAAACUUCUAGAAAUCGCUAGGAAAAAUGCUCUUAGCAUGAUGAAACAAGGAGCUGUCGGCACAGACCUCAACAAAGUCACUGCCAUCACCGCUGGAGGAAAAACAGUUGAUGAACUGACAGAUUUUUGCAAAUUGCUGUCGCAAAAGGAUGCUACAGGGCAGGAAUCAGUCAGUUCCGAAUCCUCCAGCGAAAAUGAAAGUGAGAAACCUUUUCAUCAUCCAUUCCAACUUAAAGAGAGGUCGAACAAUAUUAUUAUGAACAUAAGGAAUUGCGCCUCCUUGCCAGUCAAAACCCACUUAGAAAAAACUACUGAAAAUGCUCAACAGCUAAGGCUACAGUUUCCUGUUUCUAGUGGGCAACUUCACCGGAAAUCAGAGAAUGAAUGGAUUCCUGUUUCACCUAAAAAGACUGACGAACUGAAAGCCAUUAUGCCAGCACCUUUGAGAAAACAAGAAGAGGAACCACCCAUUUACCCUGGCCUACAGGAAACUGCGCAUUUCUCCAAUAUACCUCUGCCUAAUUCAUUACCGCAUCCACAACCGCAUUUACCUACAGUACCCCAAAUUGGAAACCCUUGGCCGAAACCUCACGAUUCAGGUCUAUUUACUGGCACUACUGGUGCUAGAUUUUUAUCUCAAGCAGAGCUUGCGUCAGGACAACAAGCCUGGGCAAAAAAAGAUCUAGAACAGGUCUCAGGGGACUUACCUUCAACAAUCUCUUCCUAA